AUGGACGACGAGACGCGAGCGCGACGGAGGCGCGAGCUCCUCGAGGGACGGAAGCGGCUGCCGAUGUACGCCACGCGAGAGCGCCUGCUUCGCGAGCUCGAGGAGAACGAGACGCUGAUCGUCGUCGGCGAGACCGGAAGCGGGAAGACGACGCAGAUACCGCAGUUCGCGCACGAGGCGAACCUCGCGAGCGGGCGCGUCGUCGCGUGCACGCAACCGCGUCGCGUCGCGGCGAUAUCCGUCGCGCGUCGCGUCGCGGAGGAGACCGGCACGGAGCUCGGCGACCUCGUCGGGUACGCGAUCCGCUUCGAGGACGUCUCGAGCGCGGCGACGCGGAUCAAGUUCCUCACGGACGGGAUGCUCCUGCGCGAGUGCAUGGUGGACGCGGAGUUGAACAAGUACGGCGUCGUGAUGAUCGACGAGGCGCACGAGCGCACGCUGCAGACGGACUUCCUGUUGGGCACGAUACGAGGCGUGCAAGAGCGUCGCCGCGGCACCGACGCGCCGCUGAAGAUCGUCGUCAUGUCCGCGACGUUGGAGGCGUCGUCGUUCUCGAGCUUCUUCCACGACGCGCCCGUCGUGUACGGCAGAGGACGGACGUUCCCCGUGGAGACGUUUUACGUCGAGGAGCCGGAGGACGAUUACCUCGAUGCCGCAAUGUGCGCGGUGUGUCAGAUCAACGAGGACGAAGAGGAAGGGGACGUCCUCGUGUUCUUGACCGGGCAGGAGGAGAUCGAAUCCUUGGGGAGGCUCCUCAGAGCGCGCUCGAAGCUCGCGAACGCGGCGAGCGGCGUCAGGAGAUUACACGUCGUCUUGUUGUUCGCCGCGCUGCCGCCGGAGGAGCAGAUGCGGGUGUUCGAACCGACGCCGCCGGGGUCGAGGAAGAUCGUCCUCGCGACGAACAUCGCGGAGACGUCGCUGACGAUCAACGGGAUCAAGUACGUCGUCGACUGCGGGCUGACGAAGCAGCGGAUAUACCACCCGAGGAGCGGCGUGGACGAGCUCGUCGUCUCGCCCGUCGCGGUGUCGCAAGCGAUGCAACGCGCCGGUCGCGCCGGGCGCGAGGGCCCGGGGAAGUGUUUUCGGCUGUACUGCGAGUCCGUGUUGAACUCUCUGGAGCCGCACGUCAAGCCGGAGCUUCUGAGGACGAACCUCGGCGGCGUCGUUUUGCAGCUGAAGGCGAUGGGGGUCGACGACGUCUUGUCGUUUCCGUUCAUCGACGCGCCGCCGAAAGAGGCGCUCGUGCGCUCGUUAGAGCUCUUGUUCGCCCUCGGCGCGCUCGGGAAGGACGGAAAGCUCACCUCGGUCGGGAAGAAGAUGUCGCGGUUCCCGCUCGAACCGAUGGCCGCGAAAGCGAUCAUCGCCGCCGCGAACGAAGGCUGCGGCGAGGACACCGUCGCCGUGCUCUCGAUGCUCACGACGGACAGCGUGUUCAAGCAGCACGAGAGAGGCGCGGGGGGCGUCCGGGAGAAGAACACCGCGCGGGAGCAGCACGCGAGGAAGGAAGGCGACCACGUCACGUUCUUGGAGGUGUUUCGAGCGUUUCAAGGGUGCUCGCCGAAGCGAAGGAAGGAGUGGGCGUCGUCCAACGGCGUGCACCUCCGGUCGAUGCUCAAGGCGCUCGACAUCUUCAAGCAACUGUCGCGCGCGGCGGAGGGGGAGGGCGUGGAGAUGAAGUCGGCCGGGUCCGCGACCGCGCCGCUGCUGCGAUCGCUCGUGUCCGGCUACUUCCUGAACACGGCGAGGAAACAGGCGGACGGAAGCUACAAGACGAUGUCCACGGGGCAGCGGCUCGUGAUUCACCCGUCGUCGAUUUUGUUUCACUCCGCGCCGGAGAUGAUCCUGUUCAACGAGCUCGUGAAAACGAAUCGGCUGUACGCGCGGGACGUGUCGUCGAUACAGCCGGAGUGGCUCGCGGAGCUCUCGCCGAACGUGUUUUCGAUUAGGAAAGAAUGAUCAUCAAGAAGAACGAAUAGCUAUCAUACCGCGCGCGCGUCGUCACAUGUCAAAGUCGGGGGUUUGAUUCGCGCCGCCGAGGAUGUCCUUCAUGCGCGUGAUCUCCACCUUCGCGUCUCUGUUCUUCGGCUCUAACCGAAGCGCGCACUCGUAGUCUUCGAGGGACUCUAAGUAGUUCCCCGAUACCGACCGCGCGGCGCCGCGUCGGAGGUACGCCUUGACGUUCUUCGGGUCGAGCUUCAGCGCUUUCGUGCAGUCGUCCUCCGCGUCUUCGUACCCGCCGAUUUUCAGACGCGUCAUCGCUCGGUUACUCAGGACGAUGGACUGCCACUUCGCGUCCGCGUCGUUUCCUCCUCGCUGGAGCGCUUCCGUGUACGACGCGAUCGCGUUCUCGAACUUUCCCUCCUUGAACUGUUUGUUCCCGCGCGCUUUCGCUUCCUCCCCGGCUGGCGCCGCCGCGGGCGCCGCCGCCGCGGGCGCCGCCGCCGCCGCCGCGUUCUUCGGCGCCGCCGUCGCGGCUCCUCGCCGCUCCGGGCGGUCCAUCUCCGCCUUGACGAUCAUCGGAAACGCGUUCAUGAUCGACGUGCUCCACGCGCGCGCGGCGUCGAGCAGCAUCGCGUCCUGCCCCGCGCCCGCGAUGAACGAGAGCGCGUACGGCCCUUUGUUAUC